CGUUCAUCCGGAUCCGUUCCUUUCCGGUCAUUUUCUCUCUCCGUCCAUAGGAGAACAUCCGAUCAUGAUCACUCCGAUCAAACUAGCCUUUCUCUUAUUAUUCAUCACCACAACAGCAACCGCUGCACCCAAAGCCAAACGCAGGAACUACCUUUUCACACCGCAUGCAAAAGCAGUCGCGGGAAUAUGCACUGUUGUCCUAACAAACACAAGUCCAUGCUGUAAAACCCUUAAACACGUUCCUACCGAUGACCCUAUCGAAUUGAUCCGAGCGUUAGCGGCUGCGACUGAAUCUUCUGUGAAAAGAAGUGUGGUUUUCCUCUCCGAGAUCAAACCAAAACACAAAUCAAACGCAACCGCAGCUGCAGUGGUCAACAGCUGCGAAAAAAACUUGAAGUACGCAUUAGAAGAUUUCACUGAUUUUUGGAACGCUAUGGGGAAAGAUGUAAAGACGUUGGCUCAUAACUAUUUCACGUGUAAGAAGAAGUUAAUGUCGAUCAUGGGGUACCAUUGGACUUGUUUGGAUGAUAUUGAUGAUAAGAAUCUGUUGAAGGAAGUGGAGACUGGGAUUAGUGUUGGGAAGAAUCUAAGCAGUAAUACGUAUGAUGUGUUUAAUGGUUUGAAAACUAUUUUUAAGACGUUUGGUAUCAAGGUGAAACUUAACGAUGAAGACACUUCGCCCCAACCGCCACCAUUGUCGAAUUAUUACUACUGAUUAAAUGAUUUGGAUGUAAUAAAUAAUUAAUAUCACUCGUAUAAUGCCUAAAGCGACCAUAUAUGUAUGAUGUAUGUUCUAGGUUUUAUACAUGUACGGAUGGAUUUCGAGAUGAUUGGAAAGGAUAUAUUAAUGGAAUGUGAGUUUUUUUUUA